AUGGCCGGUAAGCCCCGCAGCGGCUGCGAGGCGCUCCGGGUGGUGGCCCGGUGCCGGCCCAUGAGCCGGCGGGAGGAGGCGGCGGGAUACGAGCGCGUCCUGGAGCUGGACGUGAAGCUGGGCCAGGUGAGCAUCCGCAACCCCCGCGCCGCCCCCGGGGAGCUGCCCAAGACCUUCACCUUCGACGCCGUGUACGACGCCAGCUCCAAGCAGGCCGAUCUGUACGACGAGACGGUGCGGCCGCUCAUCGACUCGGUGCUGCAGGGCUUCAACGGCACCGUCUUCGCCUACGGCCAGACCGGCACCGGCAAGACCUACACCAUGCAGGGCGCCUGGGCCGAGCCCGAGAAGCGCGGCAUCAUCCCCAGCGCCUUCGAGCACAUCUUCACGCACAUCUCCCGCUCCCAGAACCAGCAGUACCUGGUGAGGGCCUCGUACCUGGAGAUCUACCAGGAGGAGAUCAGGGACCUCCUCGCCAAGGACCAGAGCAAGAAGCUGGAGCUGAAGGAGAACCCCGAGACGGGGGUGUACAUCAAGGACCUCUCCUCCUUCGUGACCAAGAACGUCAAGGAGAUCGAGCACGUGAUGAACCUGGGCAGCCAGACGCGCUCCGUGGGCAGCACCAACAUGAACGAGCACAGCUCCCGCUCCCACGCCAUCUUCCUCAUCACCAUCGAGUGCAGCGAGACGGGGCCGGACGGCGAGGAGCACAUCCGCGUGGGCAAGCUCAACCUGGUGGACCUGGCCGGCAGCGAGCGCCAGAGCAAAAUGGGGGCCCACGGGGAGCGCCCCAAGGAAGCCUCCAAGAUCAACCUCUCCCUCUCCGCCCUGGGCAACGUCAUCUCCGCACUCGUGGACGGCAGGAGCACGCACAUCCCCUACCGGGACUCCAAGCUGACCCGCCUGCUGCAGGACUCCCUCGGGGGCAACGCCAAGACAAUCAUGGUGGCCACCUUGGGCCCGGCCUCCCACAGCUACGACGAGAGCCUCUCCACCCUCAGGUUCGCCAACAGGGCCAAGAACAUCAAGAACAAGCCCCGGGUGAACGAGGACCCCAAGGACACCCUGCUGCGGGAGUUCCAGGAGGAGAUCGUGCGGCUGAAAGCCCAGCUGGAGAAACGCGGGAUGCUGGGGAAGAAGAGGAGAAGGAGCAGCCGGAGGAAGAAAGCGAUGGACGGAGAAGGCACCGUGGAGAACGAAGGGGAGGACGACAACGAGGAGGGCCUGGAGAAGAACAUGGAGAACUACUUGAAGGAGCAGAAGGAGAGGCUGGAAGAGGAGAAAGCUGCUAUCCAGGAUGACCACAGCCUGGUGAGCGAGGAGAAGCAGAAGCUGCUCCAGGAGAAGGAGAAGAUGAUCGAGGACCUGCGGAAGGAGCAGGAGGCCACGGAGCUGCUGGCCAUCAAGUACAAGGUACGUGUCACCACCCGCCAUCACCAGCGAGGCCGGGGGAAAGACCUGCUGUGCCCCCAACCCCUCCCAGGGUGUGGGAAUGGGCCCCGAGCAGGGAGCCUGUGCCAGGAGCCCACCGGGGUGCCCAGGCAAGGGGGGCUCCCAGCAAGGUGCCCCCAAGAGCCCCUGACCCAGGCUGAUGUGUGGGGCUGGGCUGGGGUUGCCCUCGGACACGGACGUGCGUGGGAACCCUGUGUGGAGCUGCAGGGAGGCGGCUGGGAAGGGCUCUGGGGGAGUGGGUCACUGGUGGCACGAGUUUGCUGUGCUCAGCUCCGGUCCCCCUCGGCACAACAAAGCAGCUCUUGGCAGGGAGGGGGAGUGACGGGAGUGAUGCUGCAGAUUCGUCCCCGUGGCACCGGGAGCGUGCCCAGGGCUGGGGCUGGGGACACUGUGCACCUGCCCCCCGCCAGUCCCCGGUUCUGCUGGGCUGGGCAGGGCUGGGAGCCCCUGGCACGGCCUGGCAGCUCAGCAGGGACCCCCACCCCCCUCCCAGCCCCAAAUCCUUCCUGGCACCCCAAGCCGGAGCGGGGUGGGUGGGGGCACAUAACAGGCAUGGCCACCGGCUCAGGGAUGCUCAGGGAUGUGGGGCUGAGGUCACCCCCCACCCUUCCUCUCCUGCCUCUCCCCUCUCCGUGGCUGCAUCUAUUCCUUCACCCUCUCCACUUCCAUCCCAUUUUCAUCCUCUGGAUGUUUCCUCUCCAUGCCCUGUCUCCCUCUCUUCCUGCCAUCCCUUUCCUCUCCCUUUCCGGGCUGUUUUCUGUCUCCUGUCUCAUUAACUCCUUCCUCUCCUGCUCCUUCCCCCCUCACUCCCUCUCAUCCCUGUCCCUCUCGGCCACUCCCUGGCUCAGGUACUUGAUCAUCGAGAACUUCAUCCCUCCCGAGGAGAAGAACAAGAUCAUGAACCGCCUCUACUUCGACAGCGACGAGGACCAGUGGAAGUUCCAGCCGCUGGUGCCCACCGGAGGGAACAGCUCCCAGAUGAAGAGGCGCCCGACCUCCGCCGUGGGCUACAAGAGACCCAUCAGCCAGUACGCCCGCGUGGCCAUGGCCAUGAGAUCCCACCCCCGCUUCCGGGUGCGUGACGGGUGCCAGACGCCGCGGUCGCUGCCCUCCUCCACCACCCACGUGUCCCUCACCUCCGGCGCCGCCUGUGCCGCCGCGAUGCCAGCUCAGAUGCCAGCUCAGAUGCCAGCUCAGAUGCCAGCUCAGGAGUGACGUCCCGGAGCCCCGGUCCGGACUGAGCCCCGGGGGGCCGAGGGAGGGCCCCGCUCGUCCUUGUCUGCAGCUGCUUUGUGUGCGUGUGUUUGUGAGACACGAACGGCCCGGCGGGGGACCCGCCCCUUCCCUCCCUCCCUCCCUCCCCGUGCCCCUCCCCGUGCCCCUCCCCGGCCCGGAUCUGUCACUUUAUUUAUUUAACCUAUUUAUUUAUGGAGUGGUUGAUGGCGGAGGCAGGAGACGCGCUCGGACUGUUGGACGUGCAGGGCUGGCCCUGGGCACUGUGCUGACCCCCGGGUUUGCCCAGCUCCCAGCCCUGCCCACGCUGCCCAGCACAGGGCUGGGCACGGCCAGGACACGCUCACCAGCCAGGAGGGGCACGGGACCCUCUCCGGGGGCUUUGGCGGGAGCUGGUGCUGCCUUUGCUGUGCUGGAUUCCCGGGAAUUCGGAGAUUCCUCCGCGGGUUUGGAGACUCGGUGGUGGCAGCACCUUGUCAGAGUCCCCCAGUGGGACUCCCCAGCCUGUGCCAACGCCGGGGGCAGCAGGGACAUCUCACGGACACGGGCAUGGCCGUCACUCCAGGAGCACCAGCUCCAUCCACAGGGAUCACGGAGUCACCAAAGUCAACCAAAGCCAAGGGCUUUGUCCACCUGUGCCACGCUCUGGAGACACUCUGGAGGCAGCCCCGGCCCGUCGAGGUGCCUGACACCAUCUCCCGUCCCUGGGCUGGGACUCCUGACAGCAGCAACAAGAGGUGGAACUUUCCAGCCCCUUCCAUCCGCCCAUCCCAAAGGCAGGCAGCGUGGGGAGAACAGAGCUGUGGGAUGGGAGUGGCUCCCUCCUGCAGCUGAAGGCAAUGGAGAAACGUGGGACAAGGUGGUGACGCCCAGGGGAGGGAGGUCAUCGCUCCCCUCCGGGCUGGGCAAUGCCACAGGGAGGUCACUUCUGAGCUGGGGGAGAUUUCCAAGCGGGUGGGGGAGGGAUGGGUGUGAAAUGGGGGGUGGGGAAGGGGAUGGGGCUGUGAAUCCCAUCCCAGCUGCCGCACCCUUGGUGUUCCUGUGGGACGCGGCUUCCGGAGGGAGGGAAGGUGGGACCUUGGCGAAGCCCCUUCCUGGCAGUGCCAGGCCAGCAGCUGUGCUUUCCCUGGCAUGGGGGGGUGAGGAGAUCUGUUUGUGUGACACGAUUCUCAUGGGCAAGGGAGUGACCUCCGGCUCACCUGGGAGGUGUGGAUUGGCAAAGGGCCGAGCACAGGGAGUCCCCGGGCACAGGGAGUCCCCGGGCACAGGGAGUCCCCGGGCACAGGGA